CUCUUUCCUUUCUUUCUUUAUUUCAUUGUUUUUCAUUAUUAUUUCUUUCAUUUGCAUUCACUCUCAUUCUCUCUGCUUCUCUACUCUCUCCUUCCCUUUUUAUUUCUUCUUUCCCUUCCUUCCUUUCCACUCCUCUCAUUCUCUUAUAUUCCUUUUAGUUUUAACUCGUGUAUGUGCUCAUUAUUGAAUAUUUCUCACAAUUCAUAAUCCUCUCUCAUUGCCACAGUAACACUUAAUUCGUGCUUUAUCCACAAUGAAGUUUGGCGAUAAUUUGCAAGAUUCCAUUUACCCUCCAUGGAAGGACAAUUAUGUCCAAUAUAAUGAACUCAAGGAGCAACUCGAACAGGGCCUGUCCAAGCCUGCAGGCUGGACAGAGCGUGACGAGGGCAUCUUUGGUGAGACCAUUGAUGGUGACUUGACAAAGGUCUUUAAUUUCGUUACCGAAAAGUUUGAGGAGCUCCAGGAGAGGACCUCUAAAGCCGAAUUGCGUGUUGCCACCUUCCAGCAGUCUUAUAACCAAAAGGAAUUGGAGUCGUUGACAUCAACCAUCACUGAGAUCACAGAUGAAGUUAAUCAGCUCUCAAAAUAUUGUAGAACCAAUUAUGCUGGUUUUCUCAAGAUCGUUAAGAAGCACGACAAAAAUGUGCCUUAUAAAUUAAGACCCGUCUUCAUGGUUCAGUUGAAGUCGCGCACUUUCUACAACGUCAACUUUGACUCGCUUGUCGUGCGUCUCUCGAAGCUUUAUCAUACUCUUGGCGCAGACUCCUUUGCAUUCGGAACACCUAUCACACCCUCUACUUUCACAGGAAGGGCUAACAUCGAAGGACUGGAUCGCAAGUCAUUCAAGUUCUGGGUGCACCCUGACAAUGUGAUGGAGGUCAAAACCACCGUACUCAAACACCUGCCUGUAGUUCUUUAUACUCCUCGUGGGCCUAAUACAGCAGAGUCUUUGGAUCCCUCGCUUUCAUCUGUCUAUCUGGAUAACUCUGCAUUUGAUCUCUACAACAAUAAACUGGAGCGCAAGGAAGGCGCACAAGCCAUUCGUUUGCGCUGGUAUGGCAGUCCCUCCAACAAUGAAAUCUAUGUUGAGCGCAAGAUCCACCAUGAGAUCAAUAAGUUCGGCGAAUAUCAUGACCGCUUCACUAUUAAAGAAAAGUACGUCGAUGCUUUCUUGAAGGGAGAGUACACCAUGGACCGACAGAUUGCUAAACUGAGGGACCAAGGAGCCAAAUCUCCUACAGAAAUUGAGAAGUUUGAGGAAAUGGUCAAGGAUGUUCAAAAGACUAUUGUUGAUAUGAAACUCAAGCCAGUUUUGAGAACUGUUUAUAACAGAACCGCAUUUCAGAUCCCUGGAGACAAGCGUGUUCGUCUAUCUCUGGACACUGAUCUUUGCAUGAUUCGUGAGGAUAACCUGGACAACACCACGCGUUCCGGCAAUCACUGGCGUCGAAUGGAUAUUGAUUAUCCUUUAGGAACCAAGACGGCCUAUGAGAAUGAUAUCACUCGCUUCAAUUAUGCUAUCCUGGAAGUCAAAUUGGAGCUGCCUAUUGGCAAAUCUACGCCAGGGUGGGUCGAUGAACUUAUGAACAGUCAUUUAGUUGAGUCAGCCGAGUCAUUUUCAAAGUAUGUUCACGGUGUUGCUGUGCUACUCGAAAGCCACGUGGCUCUCUUACCAUUCUGGCUCGCCCAACUUGAAAAGGAGUCCGUUCGCACUUCAGAGUCCAUGCGUGGUCAGUUGGCAACAGAUACAUUUCCGAUUAGCAGGUCAGGAUCCAUGGCAGAAAUUCAUAGUAUCAACAGCCGUCGGUCCUCCGUUGUGUCCAGAUCGGAAUCUGAAAAUGGAGCCAGCACACGAUCUCUUUCCAAAGGAAAGAACAAGUCAAUGGAUAUUGUGGUCGACUCACAAUACGGCCAGAACGGGAACGGGCAAUAUGGUUCAUCCUCAAGGGCCUCCUCCAGACCUUCCAGCAUUAACAAGAGGCCUUUUGGUUUUAAGGGUCUCGGGGGUGUCUUCAAGAAGUCUGGUAAAGGCAAAGAUGCACACGAGACCAGUCCACUGCUUGGUCCUAAUGAUAGCCAACAAGAUCUUGUCCCUCAGAUCAAGAUCAUUCCACCCAAACCGAAGAAGGUUGUGGGUCCUCUUAAGGUCGAGGCAAAGGUUUUCUUUGCUAAUGAACGUACUUUCCUCAAGUGGAUGCAUAUCGCUAUUCUUAUCGGCACUCUUGGGGUCAGUCUUUACAAUGCUGGUGAUAACAUUGGACGAUUCGCUGGUAUACUGUUGUCCAUCACUGCACUGCUAACGCUAGUGUACUCGAUCUGGUUGUAUGAGAGGCGUCUAACAAUGCUACGUAAUAAGGACCCAGGUCCUUAUGAUGAGCCUGUGAUGCCCACGUUGAUGUGUGUAUGUAUUUUAACAGCUAUCUCGCUGAACUUUUACCUCAAGUCGAGCGUCAAGUCGAAGCCAUGAAGUAGGCAUUAGUCUUUUUCAAGUAGCAAUUGAUACACCUAACUUUCAUUGCAUUGCAUUUUUACUAUUUUACUACUUAUUUAACAAAUAAAUCAUGUGAUAAUGAGCGCCCUUUUUCAUUUUAAGUGGCACCGUUGAGCUUAAAUUGGC